CGUUGCUCAGAAGCCCAGCCGCAAUAACGCUCCACUCGUUCAAACCCAGCCAAGUGGCAGUCCCAGUUUCUUACUUUUCAACACAGCCAAUGUCGACGCGAUCUGCUGAAUCCCGCCGCGCUCCCGGCGCCGCGUCGUCGCAGGCUGCCCAUGGAGCUGCUGCUGCUGCUGCUAAUAAUACCACGAGCACUGCUGCUGCAGCGCACCAGUCCAGAGCGCUCUCGCCAAGCCGCACUCGCCGCAUUGCAGCUCCUUCUGCCACUGCUGCCGCCGCUGCCGCCGCUGCCGCCGCUUCGUCAUCGACUCCUGGAGCGAGCCUUCCUCCUCCGAAUGGCCGCUCGCGUUCAGCCUCGCGCUCGCCGUCCCGCUCGCCGUCGCGCCAGAGCCGCUCGACGAUCGCCCCAACGCCAGUUACUGCUGCUGCUGCUGAUGGAGCUCAAGCUGGCUCUGCUGCCCGCCGCCGCCGCACGGACACGCCAGCUGACGACUCGAGCCUGUCUACUGCCCUGAACGCAGACCCGGAGAAGCCUGCUGGACUGCGCGGCCGCUCGCUCAAGCUGAACGUCGACACAGCCAACCAAGCUGCGGCUCAGGCCAGCAGCAACCCGCUCUCGCCGGACGAGCUCCCGCACCCAGACCUGGAGGCGAUUCAUCUCAUCACGCUGUGGCGUUCCCCGCUGCGUGUCGUCAAGUACUUUGUCCACGAGUUGGUCGAGCACUUGCGUGAGCUUGGUGUUUCGCUCUCAAAGUACCCGUCCACAGUCGCGCUCACGCUGGUGACUGUUCUGGUGUUGCUGCUGAUCUUCCUGCAGCCGCACUACGUCGGUUUGGGCCAUCACGCCGAAACCUUGAACGAGUGGCUCGGUCUUGGUAUUUGGUACCUCUGGUGGGUUGGCCUGGGCGUCCUGAGCUCGGUCGGCUUGGGCUCGGGUCUGCACACGUUUGUGCUGUACCUUGCGCCGUUCAUCGUCAAGGUGUCUGUCCACGCCCAGAACUGCCAGUCGCUCGAGUUCUCCAACUUGGGCCACUACAACGACCAGUUCCCAAUCUGCGCAGUGGGCGGUGCCAGCAGCGCCAUCACCAUUCUCUCCAUUUUGAACAAGGUCCGCUUUGAGGCCCUGAUGUGGGGUCUCGGCACCGCCAUCGGCGAGCUGCCGCCGUACUUUGUUGCCCGCGCCUUCCGCCUCAGUACCGAUCGCGCCAAGGCGGCCAUUGUCGUCGGCGAAGACGCGGAUGCUUCUCUCCAAGCCGAGGCGAUCGAAGCCGAACAUCUCGCCGAAAUUGAGGCUCUCGACGAUCAGAGCGAUCAGUCUGCGCUUGCUCGUGGCAAGCGUGUCAUGCACAAUCUAGUUCAGCGACUUGGUUUCUGGGGCAUUGUCGCCGCUGCUUCGAUUCCCAACCCACUGUUCGACCUGGCUGGCAUCACGUGCGGACACUUCCUCGUCCCCUUUGGCACGUUCUUUGGCGCCACGGUUCUCGGCAAGGCUGUCAUCAAGGCCCAUUUGCAGACUUUGUUUGUCAUUUGCGUGUCCAACCGCGAGGUGGUGGGCUGGCUCGUCACCAAGGUCAAGGCCAUCUGGGAGCGGCCUGGGUCUUGGCUCGAGGAGAACUUGAACAAGUACUUUACUUCGCUGGUUGACCAAGCCCCAUCUGGCAAUGACGCGUCUCUCUUUGGCCAGUUGAAAGACCUUGUUCUGUUGGCUGUGCUGACCUACUUUGUGAUCUCGAUCAUCAACUCGCUCGCGCAAAGUCACAUCAAGCGCAAGGAGCGAGAGCGUCUCAAGCGUCUUGCACACAAGCGUCAUCGCCACCACAACCACCAUCACCACCUUUGAGUAAACAAGGCGGCUUUGAGUCUGUCAAAUUGUCGUUGUGCGAGUCGAUUGUCGCUGGCUACUGUUUUUUUAUCGUGUAAUUCGAAAAAGUAUAUCUGGAGAAAGUGAAGUAUUGUUCAUCCAA